AUGGCUGGUCUCUUCCUUGAACAGGCGAAUGUCUCUCAGAUGCUUACAUGCUGUGGUGUGCAGAAUAAUUCUUUAUAUUUUGUGCAUGAAAAUGUGAUAGAAUUUGUUGAAACACAGAGACAAAUAAAGCUGCCCUGUAAUAUUAAAUGGGCAGUGUCUGAUGGGUGUGUUAUAUACGCAUUGACAGAGAAGGAUAUUUACAAAGUCAAACCUGGCACAGGGUCUUCAUAUGAGAUGAGUUCAUCCGUAUUUGAUUUGUGCGAUAUACCAGUAAAAAAUGGGUAUUUUAGGGAUAAUAAAAUAUUUAUCCUGUCUGAGAAUGAAGUAAUAGUUUAUGAUGUGCAGAGUGAAGAAACCUUUAGGUAUGUUCCGUAUGGUCAUAAGAUACUUUGUAUGGAUCUGUGCUAUACACACUCUAAUGAAUUUGUGCUGCUUCUUAGCUCACACAACCAGAAUGUUAUUAGAACAAUCAGCGUAAGAAACGGGUUGGAGGAAGUGGCGCAGUUUUCAGUGCCAAGUAGUGUGCAUAUGAUAUACAGUCUUUUGAACAAGAGCAUGCUUUUAAUAGAGCCAGAUAAGAUUUCUUUGCACAAUUCAAGUUCUAUCACGCAUAGUAUGUGUUUUAAUGCACAGGUGGUUCGGACAGGUAUAAUUCUGAAUAAUGUAUGCGUGCUGAGUCUACUAACUAAUGAACUGUGCUAUAUAGAUAUAGACCAGUUUUUAGUUGUAAAUUACAUCAAGCCUGGAAUUAUAUCUGAGGGAAUAUUAUGCAUAAGAGAACAUUUGUAUUUGUAUAAUAAAAUUGGAGAUAUAUGUGUAGUGGAUAUUAAGAAUAAUAUUUCACAUAUAGUUAAAACAAAUACAGGCGUGACUGCACUGAAAAAGGGAUAUAAAUUGACUGGCAUGAAAAUACAAAGCAGUGGGGGAUGUGGGCGCAUACAGCUACUGACACAGCGCAGUAAAAGCAUUAGGCUAGAAGAACUUACGCAGAAAUACAAAGAAUAUACUAAUAAGCUGGAAAUAGAGGAGAAGCCUGUUCAGAUCUUAAGUAAUGGAGUAUACUCUGUUGUGAGGUAUAUAGAUAGACUUAACAUAAUAGAUAAAAGAUUUAGAAAUGAAUCUGUUGUUUUUUCACAGGAUAUUAUUAUGUGCUCAGUUAGUAAUGCAUCUAUUUACUACUUAAAUAAGUCUGGAGUACUUUCUGCGUAUAAAGAAAAUAAAACAAGUGGCGUAUGUCUGUUCUGUGGGGAUAGUGGCAUAUCAUCUGAAACCAAUAAAAACCACACGCAGGCAUGCCUGGGAGAAGUUUUCUUUGCAGACAUGCAUAAUAAUCUGUUAGUAUGUUCUACCACAAAAGGAAUUUAUCUAGCCAAUGCAGAGAGCGGAAUGUCCCAAUGCAUUGGUGAAUAUAAUCCAAUCUCUUUGCGAAUUUAUAAAGAAACAGUUGUAAUUGGUGAUGAAAAUGAGUCAACUGUAAUUCACAUAAAUAACAACUUGGAGGUGACUAAACAGCACUCAAUUCCAAUAGCAGGGAGCACAGUUGUGCCCAUUAGUGCUGAAGAGUAUUUAUUGCAUAAGUACAAUGGAAGUUUAUGGUAUAUUCAUAAUGACAGCACAAAGACCCAGAAUAUACGAAUCGGCACAGCUGUUAUUAAAGGCAUUUCAUAUUUAGAAGAUAAAAUUUUGAUCAUCACAGAUAGUAACAGUAUUUUGUUAGAUACAUGCCGCAGUACAGUUAAUGCUCAGCUAAUUGACAGUAGAAAUAAACAUGGGAUUAGCUGCAUUGACACAGACAGUAAUGAGUACCAAGUAUACAGAUAUAACAAGAAUCUAGAUAAACAUUAUAUUGCUAUUUACAAGCUAGUAAACUGUCCAGUAUACAGUAAAAAGAGUGUAGUUAGAAAUGGCUGUAUUAAAGACAAUGACAUAGUUGAUGCUAUUAAUAUAAAGAAAUAUAGAGUGAUAAUUAGUAAAAGUACCGCACUAGUUAAAGAAACUGUGCUUUCCAAUGAAUCCUCUAUUAAAGUCUCUCUAUACAACAGCAACGGAUGCAUCCACAGUGUAUCGUAUAAUAAAGUCUACUCAACACACUGCAUAGGAAUAGGAAAUAGACUAUACUUAGCAAUAAAUAAAGAAGACAGGUCCGAAAUACUUACACUGAAGAUAAAGAAAAAUGCAAUAUCACAGAUAGAAAGUGCACCAAUCGAAUCUUCUAUCACUGGAAUUUCUGUACACAAAGGUAUUUUAUGCUGCUGCACUACUGUUGGAGUUAUACUGCUCAGAAUGCACAAGUUUAGGCUUACACCAGUUGGUAAGAAUACUUUGCAUACAUACAGUAAUGGCGCGGGAAGGUAUGAAGUACGCGAUGGAUAUCUGGUAGAAUAUGUUUUGUUCCAUAUCAUACUGCACAGAAUUAUUUUAGACAGAGGCACUGUCCGGUUAGAAAAAUCUCCACUGGUGUAUGUGGACAGAGUAAAAAGUAGACACAAAGUAGUUCGAAUGCUUAAUGACAAGUACUUUGUUAUAGGAUAUGCACAUGAAACCAGUGGGUCGAUUAUUUUGCUUAAGAGAAAAGAAAACACAAGGAUGCAUGUAGUUCUAUCAUUUUCUCUUCCCUCUGGAGUCAUUGGCAUAGAAAAGACUUCUCUAUCCCUAAUAAACCGGUCUGAUACUUUAUUUAUACUCACAGAAACAGGAAGUAUAUAUAGAAUGGAAUUGAUAGAUGACAAUGUAAUUAGUGCUUUAGUUCAUGUGCACAGAAAUAGUUCACCCAGCGAGAAAAAUGAAAUUCAAGUAUUUGCUAAAGAAGACCUAUUCCCAAUAAUGGAAGUGAAAUCCCAUGCAAAUAAAAAAGUAAUUCUUUCUAGUGAACCGGAUAAAAUUACCUCACUCUCUAUAUCACUAUAGCCAUAAAUACAGAAUCACUAAUAAAUCAGU